CUAUUAUUAUUGAUGAUGAAGUCACACGUAUUUUGAAUGACAGUACUUUUUUUUUAGGUAAACAGUGAGGUGAAUGCAAAACUGUUAUCACAACCGUUGUGCCCCAUUCUUAAUGAAACUUAUACAGUAACUAACUCUAUCCCCUAGCUUACACAAUUGACCGCAUCUGUGCGGCUGGUGGUAGUUUCUCUAAACGUUUCUUUAAAUAUGCCCCGAUUUAUUAAGUCCCAUACAGAAAUCGCAAAUUAUUGCACUUUAGAGGACUUUAAUCUGCACUUUACUUUAUGAUCUCCCUUUCGCUGAUAGUUUGAUUAAUAUUUAACCAACGGUAAUACAAUUUAAAAAUAGACUUCUAAAAACUUUUGAUAUACAGUCUCAAUGACUCUGAGCAAAGUGUAGACGCCUCUGUCCCUCCACCACCAAGUCAGCGAUCCUGGGAUUCAUCAGACCCAGAAGUGCGUUGUUUCAGCAGUGAAAAUACGGAUCAGGGUCCGGCAAAAAAAAUUUAAAAAAAAGAAAAAGAAAAAAAACAAACAUGAAGACAGUUUGCAAAGUGUUGUUGGGGGUGGCUGUGAGUGCUGUCGUCGUCAGUUUGAUAACGAUCCCCUCAGUACUGCUAACAAACAAAAACAUGGAAAAUAACCCUCGCAAGAACUUCACAUUGGCAGAGUAUUUUAAUGAUACCAUCAGGUACAAGACAUAUUACCUGCGAUGGAUAUCAGAAAGUGAAUAUCUGCAUAAAAAUAAAGAGGGAAACGUUCUGCUUCACAAUGUCGAGACAAAUAAGAGCGAAACAUUUUUGUCCAGUGACACAUUUGCUCGUGUAGAAGCCAACGAUUAUUUUGUGUCUGUUGAUCGGAAAUUUGUGUGCUUGGAAAGCAAUUACUCAAAGCUAUGGAGACAUUCAUACACGGCUUCAUACAGUAUUUAUGAUCUGGACAAAAAGGAUUUUGUGGAAGCCAGUCUACCACAAGAAAUCCAAUACAUAGCGUGGUCUCCCGUCGGACACAAACUGGCAUACGUUUGGAAAAACAAUGUUUAUUUAAAGUCUGACCCAAGUGGACAACCUGUUAAAGUAACAACCGAUGGAGAAGAAAAUAAAAUUCUCAAUGGUAUUCCUGAUUGGGUGUAUGAGGAGGAAAUGUUCUCAUCAAACAAUGCCAUGUGGUGGUCUCCAACCGGAACAUUUCUAGCUUAUGCACAGUUUAAUGAUACAGAGGUGGACAAUAUUGAGUACUCAUUUUACGGAGAAGGACAGUACCCAAAUACAGUACAUAUUCCAUAUCCCAAGGCGGGCUCUACCAUUCCUACAGCAAAGUUAUUUGUCGUAGACACAGCUAACACUUCACAAAUCACAAGAGUUCUUGUACCACCUACAGUAGGUUUAAGAGACCACUAUUUAUGUACUGUCACAUGGGUGACUGAUGAACGCAUUGCAGUACAAUGGUCAAAAAGGGAGCAGAACUAUACUACCUUAGCAAUCUGUGAUUACCAAACCAACCUAAACAAAUGGAAUUGUCCAACGACUCAACAACAUGUUGAAGAAAGUAAAACUGGCUGGAUUGGUCAUUUUCAGCCAUUAGAACCCUUCUUUGCAGCAGACAACAUGAGUUUCUACAAGAUAUACAGCAACGAAGAAGGAUAUAAACACAUUCAUCUUGUAAAUGGGACAUCACGUACAGCCAUUACAUCAGGAACGUGGGAAGUCAUAUACAUAUCAAAACUAACACAAGAUGCACUAUAUUACGUUAGCAAUGAAUAUGAAAAAUUUCCAGGAGGCAGAAACCUAUACAAGUUUGAUAUUGGAAGCAGUCCCUCCUCUAUAAAAUGCAUUACGUGCACUGUAAACCAGGACAGAUGUCAAUAUAACUCGGCUUACUUCAGCAAAAAUGCUAAAUAUUAUCGUAUGGAUUGUUAUGGACCUGGAUUACCUAUUUUUAAACUUUACGAUAAUACCAAUACAGAGAUUAGGGUUCUUGAAGACAACAGCGCUUUGCUAAGCAUUCUAGAGGAGUUUGCAUUGCCAAGUACAGAGCAUGGAACUAUUAAGCUUGGCAAUUUCAAGCUUUGGUAUCAAAUGACAUACCCACCUCUAUUUGACAAAUCUAAGAAAUAUCCUCUACUAAUUGAUGUGUAUGCUGGACCAUGCAGUCAAAAAGUAGACAAUCGCUUCAGACUCAGCUGGGCUACAUACCUCGCAAGCACUGAGAAGAUUAUUGUUGCCAGUUUUGACGGGAGGGGAAGUGGUUACCAAGGUGAUGAGAUCAUGCAUGCAAUAUACCGAAAACUUGGGACAUUAGAAGUAGAAGAUCAGAUUACAGCAGCAAGAGAGUUUAUAAAUAUGGGCUUUAUUGACAAAGAAAGGAUGGCCAUUUGGGGAUGGUCAUAUGGUGGAUAUGUUACAUCUAUGGUUCUUGGUUCUGGAAGUGGUGUGUUCAAGUGUGGCAUGGCAGUAGCCCCUGUUUCUAAAUGGGAAUAUUAUGAUUCUAUGUAUACCGAACGUUAUAUGGGUAUGCCUGUUGCGUCAGACAAUCUUCAAAACUAUCUGAAUUCCACUGUAACAAGCAGAGCAAAGCAUUUCAAAACUGUUGAUUAUCUUCUUGUCCAUGGAACUGCAGAUGAUAAUGUGCAUUUCCAGCAAGCUGCACAGAUUUCAAAGGCACUUGUUGAUGAACAAGUGGAUUUCCAAGCAAUGUGGUAUACAGACAAGGACCAUGGGCUUGGAGGUUUAGCCAAUAAACACGUCUACACGCAUAUGAGCCAUUUCCUCAAGCAAUGUUUUUCAUUACACUAGUUUGUGUAUACCUAAUUAGGAUUUUUUUAUUAUUAUUAUCAUUCCUGUAUUUCAGAAACAUUUGAACAUUUAACUAAUACAAAAUGUGUAUUUGUGUUUUGUUUUUUAUUACAGAAUACAACCAAUAGACUUUUUAAUUUUGCUAGAUUAAAAAAUGCCAGUUAUGAACAAUUCCAACACUCAUUCAGAUUGCUGUAGUGAAGUAGUCUUUUGUGUUAAGUGGUUACCAUGGGUUCCCUUUCAAUCUCAAAAUGUCAACCAUUACGAGUUGGGAAAUGACCCUCGUGUCACAUGACCUGAGCACAUAUUUCAAAAGCUGCCUGAUAGGCUCAGUGUGACUACGUGUCUGUUGCAUUCCCGAACAAGACUCCACGUCACACAGCAACCUUCGCCAUUCGAUUCCUCACUCCAACCUGAGCAGACAUAUAUUCACUUGCUCCGUUUUCGUGAUAAUCUCUUUCUCUUCGGAGACUGUUUUUGGUAAAAUAAUAAUAAUAAAAAAAAGUACAUGGCUGUGUGUUUUUUGGCGGCAGAGAAGCAGCGACAUUUAAAUUAUAUUUUAAUCCCAUAUAUACCUAGAUGAUCCCAGGACACAGGAUUGCUUACUGUCCCUAAGGUGUCAAAAAAGAACACAGGUGGUAGAGCAUUUGGCUUCAGGGUCCCUGAAUUAUGGAAUCAGCUGCCUGUUUCCGUAAGGGAGGCACCAACUGUUGCAGUUUUUAAAACAUGACUGAAGACACACUUCUAUAAUCAUUCACAUCUUAAUAAUAAGUAAUGUUUUUACCCUGUAUUGUAUUGCAUUUUAAUUGAUUUUUCUAUUAAAUGUUUUAAUGAGUGCUAUUUCUUGUAUAGUAUCAAUAAUUAUUGUUAUAUUGUACCUGUGAA